AUGGCGCGUCAAUUUUUUGUGGGAGGUAACUUCAAGAUGAAUGGGACGAAGGAAAGCAUCAAGAAAAUCAUAGCUCAUCUAAAUGAGGCUAAGCUAGAUCCAAAGACAGAGGUCGUAAUUGCGCCGCCUACUCUACACUUACAACUCGCGCGCGAACAUCUUCGACCCGGUCUUGAGGUAGCGUCUCAAAACGUCUACGACAAGCCUAAUGGUGCAUUUACCGGCGAGGUUUCCGUCGAGCAGCUUCUGGAUGCCGGCAUUCAGUGGACACUCACGGGACAUUCAGAGCGACGCAGUCUCCUCCAGGAAAGCGAUGAGUUUGUGGCGACAAAGAGCCGGGCGGCUCUAGAUGGUGGCCUCGGCGUCAUAUUUUGCUGCGGCGAGAGUUUGGAGCAGCGCGAGGCUGGCCAGACGCUCAAAAUUGUCACGCAGCAGCUCCUUGCUCUUAAAGCAAAAUUAAGUCACUGGAAUAGACUAGUCAUUGCCUACGAGCCAGUCUGGGCUAUCGGCACCGGAAAAGUCGCUACGAGCGAGCAAGCCCAAGAAGUCUCCCAAAGCAUUCGGGCCUGGCUCCACGCUGAAGUCAGUCCAAAGGUUGCCGAAGAAACCCGCAUCAUCUACGGCGGCAGUGUGACAGACGGCAACUGCAAGGAGCUGAGCAAGCAGCCCGACAUUGACGGAUUUUUAGUCGGCGGAGCAUCUCUGAAGCCAGCAUUUGUCGAUAUUAUCAAUAGUAACUUGUAA